AUGGGCUCUAUCGACGAAAGCAAGAUCACCUCUCGGGGUUUCGGUACCCUUGCCGUGCACGCUGGUGCUCCCCAUGAUCCCGCCACUGGCGCCGUGAUUGAGUCGAAUGUUAACGAAUUGCCUCGAUUCUUGUCUCAGAUCUCCCUCUCUACCACCUUUGCGCAGACCAGUGUCGGUAGCCCUGUCGGUCUGUACGAGUACACCCGCAGCGCAAACCCCAACCGUGAUAACUUUGAGCAAGCCGUGGCUGCUCUGGAACAUGCCAAGUAUGCUCUUGCUUACUCCUCCGGCUCCGCCGCUACCGCCAACAUCCUCCAGUCCCUCGCCGCGGGAUCCCACGUUGUCUCCGUCUCCGACGUGUACGGCGGCACCCACCGCUACUUCACCAAGGUCGCCAUCGCCCAUGGUGUCGAGGUCACCUUCACUCCCACUAUCGAACAUGACAUCGAGCAGCUGAUUCGGCCCGAGACCAAGCUGGUCUGGAUCGAGACUCCCUCCAACCCCACCCUCGGCCUGGUCGACAUCCGUGCCGUGGCCGACAUUGCGCACCGUCACGGGAUUCAGGUCGUUGUCGACAACACCUUCAUGAGCCCCUACGUUCAGAACCCCCUCGAUCACGGCGCCGACCUUGUCGUGCACUCAGUCACCAAGUACAUCAACGGUCACUCUGAUGUCUGCAUGGGUGUCGCGGCCUUCAACUCGGGCGCGCUCAAGGAGCGCCUCUCUUUCCUCCAGAACGCUAUCGGUGCUAUUCCCUCUCCCUUCGACUGCUGGCUGGCCCAUCGCGGUCUGAAGACUCUGCACCUGCGCGCUCGUGAGGCCACCACUAACGCCACCGCCGUGGCUCUGGCUCUCGAGGCGUCCCCCCACGUCAUCUCCGUCAACUACCCCGGCAUCGAGUCCCACCCCCAGCGCAAGAUUGCCAUUAAGCAGCACCGCAACGGCAUGGGUGGUGGUAUGCUCAGCUUCCGCAUCAAGGGUGGCCAGGCGGCGGCUCAUGACUUCUGCAAGUACACCAAGGUGUUCACCCUUGCUGAGUCCCUAGGCGGUGUCGAGUCGCUUUGCGAGGUUCCCUCCAGCAUGACCCACGCGGGUAUCCCCAAGGAGCAGCGGGAGAUCGCCGGUGUCUACGACGACCUGGUCCGUCUCAGCUGCGGUGUUGAGGAUGCCGCGGAUUUGGCUGCAGAUGUGCUCCAGGCCCUGGAGCUGGCCAGCGCCGCCAAUGGCAGCGCGUAA